AUGACCUCAUCAGCGGAAGAUAUAUUCCGCACCGCAAAACCCUAUAUAAACCCCUCCCACACCACCGGAUGCAACAUCCACAGUACCAAAAGCCACAAAAUCAAAAUGUCCCACCUAACCUACUACAACUACCCGGGCGUCGGUGAACGCAACCGCCAAACCUUCAAAUACAGUCAAGCUGUCCGCAUCAGCGACCGCAUCGAAUGUUCCGGCCAAGGUGGCUGGGACCCCAACACGGGCGAAUUCUACAAGGAAAUCAACGCGCAGAUCGACCAGGCAUUCGCGAACGUCGAUUUGGCGCUCAGGACGGCCGGCGGGAAGGGCUGGGCGCAGGUGUAUCGCGUGAACUCGUAUCAUGUGCCAAUCAAUAACGAGGCACUGGAGGCUAUGGUGAGGAACUUUCGGAAGUGGAUGCCGGACCAUGAGCCGCUGUGGACUUGUGUGGGGGUUACGAGGCUGGGGGAGGAUGAUAUGAGGGUUGAGAUUGAGGUUGUUGCGCAUGAUCCUAAAUAG